UCCUCACCCUCUCCAACUUGCUCCCUCCUACUUCCCUUCUUCAACCUCCCUCCUCCCUCCCAUCAUUCUUCCCUGUUUCCAUCUCUGAAAUCGUCACCCUUUUGUCCAUCACACACCUAUCAAAUACAUCUUUCCUUCUUUUCCUCUGUGGCUCGCUAUCUUCCUGUCUCUUCGCCAUCAUGAAGGGCAUCUUGAGCCUGUCCCUGCUUCCGCUCCUUACGGUUGCGUCACCCGUGCUCGUGGACUCCAUCCACAACGGGGCAGCUCCCAUUCUCUCGUCGGCCAACGCCCAGGAGGUGCCCGACUCGUACAUUGUCGUUUUUAAGAAGCAUGUCGACUCGGAUUCGGCUGCUGCCCAUCACAGCUGGGUGCAGGACAUCCACCUGCAGUCCCAGAACACUCGCACCGAGCUGAAGAAGCGGUCUCUCUUUGGCUCCGAGAAUGAUGUUUUCCGUGGCCUGAAGCACACCUUUGAUGUGGCUGGCUCCCUCGUGGGCUAUGCUGGUCACUUUGAUGAGGAUGUCAUCGAGCAGGUCCGCCGGCAUCCUGAUGUUGAGUACAUCGAGAAGGACUCUGAAGUCCAUGUGAUGGAAGACAAUACCGUCGAGAACGGUGCCCCCUGGGGUCUGGCACGUAUCUCGCACCGGGACAGCCUGUCGUUUGGUACCUUCAACAAGUACCUGUACGCCUCCGAGGGCGGUGAGGGUGUUGAUGUCUAUGUCAUCGACACCGGUACCAAUGUUGACCACGUCGACUUUGAGGGUCGUGCCCAGUGGGGGCAGACCAUCCCCGAAGGCGAUGAGGACGAGGAUGGCAAUGGACACGGAACCCACUGCUCCGGAACCAUUGCCGGCAAGAAGUACGGUGUGGCCAAGAAGGCCAAUGUCCGCGCCGUCAAGGUCCUGAGAUCCAACGGCUCCGGCACCAUGUCUGACGUGGUCAAGGGCGUUGAAUGGGCUGCCAUUGCUCACUCCGAGAAGGUCGAGUCUGCCAAGAAGGGCAAGGCCAAGGGCUUCAAGGGCAGCGUUGCCAACAUGUCGCUGGGCGGUGGCAAGUCCCGCACCCUUGACCUGGCCGUCAACGCCGCGGUUGAUGCUGGCAUCCACUUUGCGGUCGCUGCCGGCAACGACAACGCCGACGCCUGCAACUACUCGCCCGCCUCGGCCGAGAAGGCCGUCACUGUCGGUGCCUCUACCCUCGCGGACGAGCGGGCCUACUUCUCGAACUACGGUACUUGCACGGACAUCUUUGCCCCGGGUCUCAACAUCCUGUCGACCUGGAUUGGCAGCAAGUAUGCCGUCAACACCAUCUCGGGCACCUCGAUGGCCUCUCCCCACAUUGCCGGUCUUCUUGCCUACCUGGUCUCCCUGCAGCCCGCCAAGGAUUCUGCAUUUGCGGUGGCCGAUAUCACUCCCAAGAAGCUCAAGGAGUCUCUCAUUGCCAUCUCCACCAAGGGUGCUCUUACCGACAUUCCCAGUGACACUCCCAACUAUCUCGCCUGGAACGGUGGUGGCUCGUCCAACUACUCGGACAUUGUGUCCCAGGGUGGCUACCAGGUCGCUCAGAUGGAAGACCGCCUCGAGAGCAUCUUCCACAAGGCGGAGAAGGUGAUGCACGAGGAGCUGGGCGCCAUCUACAGCGAGCUCAAGGACGCCUUUGUCCAGUAAUUGCCUGGCGAAGAGAACAGGGGUUACAGAGUACCUAGGACUGGUAUAUCCGCAUCCGGCGCUGGUUGAUCGUUUGUUUUAUCUUUUUUUUUU